GUUCUUUUAUUUUCAAAUCAAUCUCAAUACAAAAGUUUGCACUGUCUUAUCAGAUUCAUAUACUGCAUACGGGGAUGCAAGUUUUUUUUUUCGUUCUCAAGGACAUCUAGAAGGGACUAUGAGAGAGAGAGAGUAGGCUUUUCUUUAAAUUUGACGCAUUAUACAUCUUGGCAGUAAGUUGCAGACAAAAAUGGUUGAACUUGAAACAUUCGAACACGACUCGAUCUCCAAGAUUGGAGGCAAGUACUGGUUCCAUGAAAUAUCUGAGGAAGCAUUUCCUGGACAAGCUUUUUCACUUGAAGUUGGUGAGAUUUUGCACCAUACUCAAUCCGAAUUUCAAGAUAUUCUUAUUUUCCGAUCUAUUUCAUUUGGAAAUGUUUUAGUAUUGAAUGGGAUUAUCCAAUGUACUGAGAGGGAUGAAUUUGCAUAUCAAGAGCUCAUCACCCAUUUACCUGUGAUGGCUCAUAAGAACCCUAAACGAGCCUUGGUGAUUGGAGGUGGUGAUUGUGGUGUUGUACGAGAACUUGUCAAACAUGACAUUGUUAAAGAGGUAACCAUGGUGGAAAUCGAUUCCAUGGUGAUUGAAUUAUCGGUUAAAUAUCUCCCCAAUAUGGCCAAAUAUCAUAAUCAUUCUAAAGUAAAUAUUGUUAUUCAAGAUGGAUUUAAAUAUUUAUCUGAUCUUGCUAAUAAAAAUGAAGAGGAUAAAUAUGAUGUGAUUAUUACUGAUUCUUCUGAUCCAGAAGGUCCAGCUGAAGAAUUUUUCCAAGUUAAUUAUUUUAAAUUAUUAUCAAAUUCUUUGAAAAAGGAUGGGAUUGUAAUUAUGCAAAGUUCAGAAAAUAUUUGGCUUAAUUUGAAUUAUGUUGAAGAUCUCAAACAAAAGGCAGAAAAGGUAUUCCCCAAUGUUGAAUAUUCGCAAUGUUAUAUGCCAUCCUACACCAGUGGACAAUUGGGAUUAUUGAUUGCAACCCAUGAUACCACCAAUGAUUUGAAAAAACCUUCUAGAACCGUGGAAAAUGAAGAUGAACUUUUCCGUUACUACUCUGGAAAGAUUCAUGAAUCUAGUUUUGUUUUACCAACUUGGGCAGACAAACAAAUCAAUGGUAGAAAGUAAUAGAAAAGAAAAAGAAAUAGAAUUGUUGGAGUGGCUACAAGGUAAUUGGAUAUUUGGGUAGAGUUGAGUAAUAUUAAGAUCAUAUAUUGGAUUAGCAUAAAUUUGGAACACUAACUAGAGAGUACAAG